GAAAGGCUCAGACACUGUUGGCAGCGCACACUGCUCCCGCGCUUCAUGCCAGCGCCGCUCAGCUGCGCUCCUAUUUGUCCGCCCGCCCGCCCGCUCACGCGCGCGCUCCCCACACACACUCCGCCAGGCUGGGUGUGAGGAACGGCAUGGAAUGGAAUCUCAGAAGGAUGGAGAGCGAACUGAGACAGAUCAAUCCUGACUUGCUGCAGCCCAGCAAGAGCUUUAAGAAACCUUCCUCCGGCACCAUCACCAUCAACGUGGGGGGCUACCUGUACGCCGCACAGCGCCAGACCCUGGCCAAGCACCCCGGAUCCCUGCUGGAGGAGAUGGUAACCGGGAAGAAGCCCGUGCUGCACGUGGACUCCAUGGGUAACACCUUCAUCGACCGUGACGGGCCCAUCUUCCGGCACGUGUUGAAUUUCCUGCGCCUGGGCGAGCUGGUGCUGCCCGAGGACUUCAAGGAAGGCGAGCUGCUCCGCCGCGAGGCCGACUUCUACCGGUUGAGCGAGCUGGCCCAAGCCCUGCAGAACUGGGAGCAUCAGCAGGCCACGCAGCGCGAGCCCGCCUUCCUGGAGGUGACGGACAGCCACGAGCGCUCGCAGGGUCUGAAGGUCUACAGCAGCGACAACAGCUUCAUCGAGAAGGUGAAAAGCCGCCUAGUGCAGAUCUCAAAAAGUCGCUUGGAUGGCUUUCCGGAGGAGUUCGAGGUGUCGUCCAACGUCAUCCAGUUCCGGCAUUUCAUCAAGUCGGAGCAGGGCUCUCGGCUUGUGCUGAAGCAGGACAGCACGUUUUUGUGUACACUGGAGUGUCUGAAGCUGGAGACGGUGAUGCUGGCACUCAAAGGGGGUUUCCGCCUGCUCACCAGCCUAGACAGCAGUCGCGGAUCAGUGGUUCAGUGCGAGGCUCUGCAUUUUGUCAAGUGACCCGAGCAGAACUGUCACCACUAACCACAUGACCUGCCGAAAACCAUCUUGCAUUAACAAACACCAGCGUCCUCAACCGAAAACCUGUUCUGGAAUACUCCGCUAGUCUGCUUCUACGUGACACACUCAAUGGACAGCCUUGAGAAACAAGAGAGAUGAUAUGUACUGUACUGUGGGGUUUUGUAUGGCUUGUGUAUGUAGUCGUCUUCUGUUUGCAGUUGUUUUUACAAGAGUAGCAAUGGUUUGUGAUAGUGAUAAUGAUAAUGGAUCUGAAUUGCAGAGUGUUGUGGAAUCAAAAGGCUGAGUGUGAUGAUCAUUACAUUUGUGAGCAAGUUUUGUGAUUUCUGGUCAUGUGAACACGUAGUAAACAACAGGUUGUAAUUUUGAGUCUGUGAAUGUUUUGCACAAUAAAGCCGCAUUAUAAUUUAUUCAAAGCACUGUUGAAAUGUUUAUGAAUGAGACUGUGGUUCAUCUUCUAGGUGAAAAUAUACACUGGCAAACACUGCAUAUGGUUUUGUCUGUGAACUGUGGAAUGUACGCUGACAAAUUACUGUGGGCUGUAUAAAUAGAGCUUUAUUUUUUCUUAUUUGCAGUAAGUAUGCUUGUAAGGAAGAUACUCUGCCCUAAAUUGAAAGUUUGUUAUAUUAUGCAGCAAAAUGUGACCUAAAAUUAAAUUUCCUCCAGCAUUGA